GUCCAGUUCUGGUCCAGUUCUGGUCCUGCUCUGGUCCAGACAGUAUCGGACGGACAAAGAGACAUGUGGACCCAGGCCUGAGAGAUCUCCAUUCUGCACCACUCAAACGCACUGAACCAGCGAAACACAAGGAAAGAUGACGUCAUCCACACCCUCCUCAUCUUGUAGCUCCUCCCCCAACAAAGUGUGCCACUCUCAGACACAAACUGAUGUACUCAAGCCUCUACUGGGUGGGGCUAUCGCGGGAGUGGGUGGAGCUCUCAGGAAAAGGAGGCGUGUCAUGUCCAAAGAUGGGCGGAGUAACAUCCGCAUCGAGCACGUGAGCGGCCGCAGCGCCCUCUACCUGCGGGACCUGUGGACGACCUUCGUGGACAUGCAGUGGAGAUAUAAGUUCUUCCUGUUUACGGCCACGUUCGCUGGGACCUGGUUCGUGUUUGGAGUUCUGUGGUACCUGGUCGCUCUGGUGCAUGGAGAUCUGCUUGAGUUUGACCCUCCGUCCAACCACACCCCGUGUGUGAUGCAGAUGCAGUCUCUGACCGGAGCGUUCCUCUUCUCUCUCGAGUCUCAAACCACCAUCGGCUACGGUUUCAGGUGCAUCACAGAGGAGUGUCCUGCUGCCAUCAUCCUCCUCAUCGUGCAGCUUGUCAUCACCAUGCUCAUGGAGAUUUUCAUCACCGGAACCUUUCUCGCUAAGGUGGCGCGUCCAAAGAAGCGUGGAGAGACAGUGAAGUUCAGUCAGCACGCCGUGGUGUCCUCUCACGAUGGCGUGCCCUGCCUCAUGAUCCGAGUGGCCAACAUGCGCAAGAGUCUGCUCAUUGGCUGUCAGGUGACAGGUAAGCUUCUUCAGACCUCCCUGACUAAAGAGGGGGAGACGGUGCGCUUGGAUCAGAGGAACGUGCCCUUCAGUGUGGAUACCUCAAGUGACAGCCCCUUUCUCAUUCUCCCCCUUACCUUCUACCAUGUGAUUGACGAUACCAGCCCGCUCCGAGCCUGGGCCAACAAAGCAGGGGGUGGCUGGACUGACCCAGAGCUGUCUGACUUUGAGCUGUUGGUGAUCAUGAAUGCCACAGUGGAAUCAACCUCUGCAACCUGCCAGGUUCGUACAUCCUACCUGCCUGACGAGAUCUUGUGGGGCUACGAGUUUCCUCCCGUUGUCUCCCUCUGCCCCAACGGCAAAUACGUGGCUGAUUUUGCUUUCUUCGAUAAAGUGGCUAAAACAAAAACUAUGCCAAUCUUCAAAAAGCCCGGCAGUUUCCAGAGCAAUGGAGGUGGGACGAUUUCCGAGGGAACCGAAACCGAGAAGAUCCGAUUGGAGCAGAGCUACAGGGACAAGGGGGAGGAACAUGGCCGCCGACUGAGUGUGCGCAUUAGUAAUGUGUGAGCAGGGGAGGUAUCUAUAAUAUAAAGGACACUAGAGACUUUAUAAACAAAAUGCUAUGCACUGUGCUUGCUCUUCAUGGACAUGUUAUUGCUUUGCCUGGAAUAUUUCACAGUAUGGCAUUAAAUAUAUCUGUCUUACUCGUAUUCAAGUACAGAUGUUUUUUAUUGCUUAAAGUACAUUGAUAAACAUCUAUUGUUACUGUGAGUGGGCUUACCUCUCCACAGAUACGACCUGUAACUUGGCCUGUCUGGCUUUUCUCCUUGUCUCCAUCUAUAGAAAUAUACAAGUUUAAUACUAUACCGUGGAACAUUUAAGGCAAAACAAUAACAGCUCCAUGGAGACAAGAGAGAGUGGACCCUGCACCAGAAAAGUUAUGCAAAAUCCACUUUUAAUUACAUUUUAAACAUGUUAUAGUGGUUCUCUCAUCACUAGAUUACUCCACACAAUUCUCACUUUGCACCUAUCUCAUGUACGUAUCAAAAGAUGUGUACAUUAGAUCAGGUCGUCUGCAAGUGAUUUAACACCAGGUUCUCCACAAACAUGAGAUACGAGAUAGGAGAGGGGCGACCCGUCUUGGCUGCACCCCAGUCCUGUCACUAUUACUUAUUGCAACAACACUAUUGCAACAACACAUCAUCGGUAGGGUAAAACUAACCUGUUGCAUUGUCAGUUUCACAAAUAAAAACCCUUCCCUAGCAAGGACCAUGCCACAACAAUGCUUUUCAAUAAAGACAUGGUGGUGUGUGAAGAUGUUGUGGUUCGCUGGAGAGGAGCAGUAGUAGUAGUAGUCUGCCCCUGAAACUCAGUCAAUCAUAUUAACAUAUCCAGUAGUUCAUAGAAAUCUGAUAUGACGGGGGCCAGCUGUUUGGUCCAACAACAGCCCUGUUUAGUGAUGUUAGGUUAAGAGGCAGGCAAGAAUCUGAAGUCAAACUAGAAUUAAAAGUCAAGGGAUCUGUCUCUAUUAUUAAGUGGGUUGCGUUUUUCGAUUAUCAAAAUGUAAAGUAAUGAUCUGUUGACUGCCACUUCUAUUAUUUACUAAAUAGUAGAGAAAAUAUUAGGUCUUAUGUAACAUGCAAAAUGGAAAUGUAUAUAUAUUUUUGUUUUGUUUUGAGAGUUUUUGUUUGGGAGCAUUAUAUGGGCAUGUUCUGGUCAUUUUGUAGAUUCAACAAAAUUGAUUAAAGUAGGAAUAGUAAGAGCCCAACUGUCCUCCUCAACCUCAUUAAAUAAAGUGGAAAAUGGGAUGAUGUCAUAGUCGCAGAUGGGGGCAACAGCAAAAGUUCCCUAAAGGUUACAUGUAUUCUCAAAAAUAACAAUAAUACUACUACUACUAGUACUACUACUGCUGCUACUACUAAUAAUAAUAACAAUAUACAUUUUAGCUGCACCCAUCUGUAUUGAAUAUUAUUCAGCUGUAGAAUGUUGACACAAGAGCAUUUUUCUUCUUUCACAGAUGAAUUUCAAUUAAAUAAUUCUGUUCCUUUUUUUUUUUGUUGACUUCAUUAAAUAUUCUUGAAAAUUGUAAGUAAGCAUGCUAACUUUGUGAUCUUGUAAUAGUCCUUUUUUGUAUGAAUGGGGACUUUCAUUGGUGAGCACAAACUAUAAAAGCUCUUGCAUCACAUCCAUUUGCACAUGUAACAUCCCUUUGAGUUAGAUGAAGAUGAGCCAUUUUAAAGUUUCCCUGAGCAUUGGUGCAGUAUUGACUUGUUGGUCACAUGAACAAUAAACAUUUUACACAAAUGAAGGAUUCCCACUUAACUGGAAGUGCCACCACAAAGAAAGUGCAGUUUAGUCGCGUUUAUGGAAAAAGUGGGAGGGGCAGAAUAAGGUCAAUAGUGAGCUUUUCUUUAUUUUUACUGCACAAUUUUGUACACAAAGCAAUUCAAAGUGCAUUUUCAAAUUUGAGGCCUGUCUCACAUCUUCAGGAAGACUGUUCCAGGCUUUAGCUGCAUAAAACGGAAACGCUGAUUCCCAUGUUUAGUCCUGGUUUAGUCCUGGUUUAGUCCUCAGUGUGGGAGAGGUACUUUGGUGCUGGUCCAUGGAGAGACUUGUACACAAGCAGAGCUGCUUUAAAGUCUGUUCUCUGAGCCACAGUAUUUCCUGGUUCUAGUCAGGUCCCGAGCAGCAGCGUUCUGGAUGUACUGCAGCUGUCUUAAGGCUUGUUUGGCGAGGCCAGUGAGCAGGCCGUUACAGUUGUCUAACCUACUGGAGACAAAUGCAUGGAUGAGUCUCUCCAAGUCUGGUUUUGACAGUAUAUCUUUAAGUUUUGCAAUGUUUUUUAGCUGCAGAUGUUAUUGAUGUGGCUGUUAAAGUUCAAGUCUGAGUCCAUUGUUACCCCUAGAUUUUUAGAUUUCUGCAUAUUAACUAGCAGCAGGUUUGACCCCUGGGACAGGUCAGAGACAUUUUAUCUGAGACACAUUUUCCAAUUUCAACAAAGUACUCCCUGUUUUCUAGAUAGCACUUAAACCAGUUCAGUGCAGUACCAGAAAUGCCCACCCAGUCCUCUAGUCUCUGUAAGAGGAUCCCGUGUUUGACAGUGUCAAAAGCGGCACACAGAUCUAACAGAAUCAAGAGUGAGACUUUGUCUGCAUCAGUGUUCAGGCGGAUGUCAUUUGUCUCCUUAAUAAGAGCAGUCUCAGUGCUGUGAUGGAGUCUAAAACCUGACUGGAAAAUAUCAAAGGAGUUGUUCAUUUGGAGAAACUUAAUAAGCUGUUGGUAAAUAACUUUUUCAAGGACUUUGCCUAAAAACGACAAAUUUGAGAUUGAUCAGUAAUUGUUCAAUAUUGUGGCAUCAAGACUGCUCUUCUUUAGGAGAGGCUUGAUAACUGCAGUUUUCAAAGCUCUUGGGAAUGUUCCAGAUUGAAGUGACAUGUUAACUAUGCGAGUGAGUGGGAACAACAAACUGUUGAGCACUGACUUUAGAAAUUUAGUGGGUAACACAUCGAGGCAGCAUGUAGAUGAACUCAGACUGGUGAUCAUCUCUUGGACAGUUUUGUCAGUUACAGGUGCAAAAUGAGUCAUCUCUAAGUGUGUAGGCGGCUGCAGGCGUGUUAUUUGCAUUGUGUAAUUGAUGGUAUUUUUAAUGCCGUGAACCUUGUUAUUAAAGAAUACUGCAAACUCAUUGCACUUAGAUGUGAAAAUUAGUUCUAACGGCAGCUGAACUGGGUUUGUUUAUCUGUUUACUGUUGCAAAUAGGGCACGAUAGUUGUUAUUCUCUAUUUUCCUUUAGUUAAUUUCUGCCUUAAUACUUAAAUAAAUGUGUAAAAUCUUUGAUAACAAGUUGAUGAUCUAAGUUAGCCUAUUGGUACUAGGUCUUAAUAUUACUUUUUCUUUCAGACUCAUUGAAUGUAAAUAUUUUCCAAAAUGUGACAGGCCUUAAAGGGGAAAUAUUUAGUCACAUUUUGUCUUUUUUUGUUUUUUUCUGUGUUAAUCAAAUAUUUUUUCCUGUAAGUUGCUGAUUUAUUCAGCUUUUUUAACUGCAGGUUUUUCUGGUAAUAACUUUGGUAUAAUAUAAUUGUAUUAGGCACUUGGUACUUCAAGAUGGUAUUUUACUUGUAUCUUUAAAACAAGCUGAAAUUGUUUGAAAAUGUGUACUAGUAAUUUUUGUGAUGAAAUUACGCUUUCUCACAUGGAAUUUAUCUUACGCAGAAGAUGCCUCGACAGGAGUAGAAUCCUAACCUACCAGUAUUUCUAUGUUUACAAGUCAUGGAGGUAAUACAGAUUCCAGUUCACAUCAACCUAGACGCUGGAUAGCACUUUAGUUAGCCCUCAAAUUAUGAGACAGUGUAAUCUCUCUUUCGUCCAGUAGUCGUUCGAUGUAAAGACAGUUUCAAUAGUGGUCAUUAUUUUUGUGAUCAAAACCAUUCAUCAUACGUAAGGUUCACACUAAAACUCCUCCCUUUGGGGCUGCUGGGCUUAGUAAACUCAGGUUUGGAUAAAGCCCAGUGCUUCAAGCCAGUUCCAUGAUGUGUCGAAACCUCUUGAUCGCAAAGCCAUGUCCAGUUGACCAUCAUUAAAACACUGUAAUUAUCUUUUUCUUUAAAAAAAAAAAUAAAAAUAUGAAUAACUUGUAAAAUUUUGUGCAUACUUGUUGUAUUUCCAUUGAUCUGUAAAUACAUUUUUGUAACUAACAGUAGAGUUUAUUUUUUUGUUUUUUUUUGUUCUAUAGUUUCUGUGUUUGAUAAUGUUGAAUGUGAGAGGCAUGAAGACCUAAAGUGCAAUAAAAGGGCAGUGGACUGUAAUUUGAAUGGGAAAACGUUAUGUAAAGUGGCUUAUCAUAAUGCGUAAGGCUGUGUUUGAUAGUGGCAGGACUGACCUCUUUAAUAUGUGUAUUUUUGUACAUGUAAAGAUUCUAAUAAUAACACAAUUUAAUAAAAAGUAAUAAUUUUUGUGUU